AUGUUCGCCUUCUUCGUCGGCGGCCUCCAGUUCUCCAUCUUCGGCGCGCUGCGGCCGGUCGCGCCCGCGAUCGUCGCGUCGGCGUGCGCGAGCCUCGGGAGCAGCGUCGCGGGCAUCCCCCAGGAGGUCAUCAAGCAGCGGCUCGUGACGGGCAUCUACCCGAACUUCGCCACGGCCGUGGGCCGCAUCGCGCGGACCGAGGGCCCGCUCGGCUUCUACAGCGGCUGGCGGCCGACGGUCGCGCGGAACCUGCCCUUCGUCGUCAUCUGCUUCUGCUCCUUCGACGCCCUCAAGCAGCGCGCGCUGCGGGACCGGCCCGAGGGCAGCUCGCUGACGUCGGCGGAGAACUACCUCUACGGCGUGAGCUCCGCGCUCGUGGGGGGCUUGUGCACGCAGCCCAUCGACGUCAUCAAGACGCGGCUCAUGACGCAGGCCGCGGCCGUGGGCGCCGUGCCCUACGCGGGCGUCGUCGACUGCGUGUCGACGAUGCUGCGCGAGGAGGGGCCCGGCGUCUUCCUCCGCGGCCUCGCGCCGCGGAUGUCUUACAUGGGCCCGCUCUGGGCGCUCCAGUUCGGCCUCAACGGCGCGGCGACGGACUUCAUCAAGAAGCGCAAGGCGCUCAAGGAGGCGACGUCCAAGUAG